GAAAGAUAUUUGUUGGUUUUUUUUAUUAAUAUCUUUUUUAAAGAGGAAUGAGGCUCUCUUCCUUAUUACUUCUAUCUCUUACACUUAUAAUACAAUAUAUAAAAUCUAAUGAACUUCGUGAUUCAAAUAACGCGGCAGAUGAUCCAAAGUCUUAUGAUCCUUCACAAAUAAAACUCGUUGAAGAAAAUCUCGAAAAAUCUACUUUAGAUGACAAUAAGUAUAAAGUUAUUAAGCUACCGAACGGUAUAGAAGUGGCAUUGGCUAGCGACCCAUCUGCAUUUCUAGCAUCUGUAUCUGUGGCUGUUCGUACAGGAAGUAAAGAUGAUCCUAAGGAUUUUCCGGGAUUGGCACAUUUAUGUGAAUAUAUGCUUUUUAUGGGUACAAAAAAAUAUCCUGAGAAAAAUGAAUAUGCUUCUUUUGUUUUAAGUAAUGGCGGUUCUUUUGAUUCAUAUACAGCUCUUGAACGUACUGUCUUUAUAACUGAAAUCAAUCAUAAAUAUCAUUUUGAACUACUUAAUAGAAUCUCUAAUUUUUUUAUUGAGCCCUUAUUCAAUGAAGAAUCGAUAGAACGCGAAACACAUGCCAUUAAUUCGGAAUAUGAGGAACAUCGUUCUAGUUUAACUAAGCUUAAAUUUCACUUUUUUAACUACAUCUUAAAAGAUACCGGUUAUUUUCCGGAGUUUACUACAGGCAAUCGUCAAACAUUGUUUUCUAAACCUAGAGCUUCGAAAAAAAACGUUAGGGAUGCUCUUAAUGAUUUUUUUAAAAAAAAUUAUCGUUCUUAUGAUAUAAAAGUGGCUAUAUAUGGGAAUGAAUCACUUGAUGUCCUUCAAGAAUGGGCGGUAAACACAUUUGGUCAGAUUCCAAAUUCAGGUGCAAGAGUUGUAAAUGAUAUCAAUCCAUUUUCUCUCAUUUCUAGGAAUCAUCAUUGGUAUAAUCUUACUAAUUCAUCUUAUGCACUUGAUCUUGCUUUUAUUGUCCCAAGUACGGCGUCUCACUAUAAAUCGGUUCCUCAGCAUUAUUUAAAUUAUGUUUUUUCUUACUCAGGGCCUCGCACUCCUGUCCAUCAUCUUUCGAGUAAUAUCUUAGCUUCGAAAAUUGAAAUUACAAGCGUGCCAUAUUCUUCGAAGUAUGAUAUUCUCUUUUUCACUUUCACUCCCCAAUAUGUUGGGCGAUUGUUUUAUGAGCAAAUAAUCAAAGAAUUUUUCAAUUGUUUAAAAUUCUUCCAAGAUAAAGGGCCGAAUAAAGAUGUUUUUGAAGAUAUAAUGAAAGCUCAAAAUCUUAAUUUUAAGUAUUCUUUUAAAGACUCGGCUUCUAAACUUGUUGAAAAACUAUCCACGGCUAUGUUGGCUGAUUCUUUGCCUCGUAGAUAUUUAUUAAAAAAAGAUGUUGCGAAAGAAUAUGAUGAAAAUGAAAUUAGUGAGCUUUUUUCUGAAUUGAGAUAUGAUAAUUUUAUCUCUUUUGCAAAUACUGUAAGAAAAUCAUAUAAUGAAACGGAUCCCUAUUAUAAAUUCUUAUUUCGAAAAGAAAGUUAUAAAAAAGAAUUACUACAGGGUCUUCAAAACUCUUCAGCCCCUGAAUUAGUAUUUCCUCCUAAGAAUAUUCAUAUUUCUGAGCCGAAAAUUACUUUGGAAAAAUUAAAUGAGUCUAUAACUAAACCGGAUCUCUUGAAAAAGACAUCUCUUUCCACUCUUUGGCAUAAACAUGGUAGUUUAUUUUAUUCUCCAUAUGCAGUUAUACGUAUUUUAUUAAGAAAUCCAUCUUUCAGUUCAACUCCAACAAAUAUACUUAGGAUGAGGCUUUUAGUACAUUACAUAUAUGUGUUUGUUAAAUUUGAUAUUUUCUUUCUUUCCAUGGUUAACACACAUCUUCAUAUUGAACCUUCGCAACAAGGACUUAUAAUAACGCUUUAUGGAUAUUCAGAUGGAAUGUUGGAAUUAGUUAGUAAUAUUGUAAACGUUUUAAAGGAAGUAAAUCUUGAUCAACAAAGCUUUCGUGAUUUAAGACAGACUCUUCUUUAUGUUUAUAAAGAAAGAACUUUACUAGGUCCUUCAGAAUUUUUGGAAAUUGAUAUAGACGAUGUUCUUCUUUCAGAAAGACAACCUUUAAAAAACAUGUUGUCUACUUUAGAAGGAUUUCAACAUUAUGAAGUUAAUGCUCAUUUUUAUCAUUUAUUGUCCAAUCUCCAUUUUGAUAUUUUAAUAACAGGAAAUAUUAAUCAAGAAGAUGCAUCUCAUGUUCUUGAUAUGUUCGAAGAACUUAAACCACGUCCCUUGAUAUCUUCUCAAUAUAGUAAUGCACGUUCAAUAACUUUAGGAAAUGGUUCUGAUUAUUUACAUCUUUAUGAAAUAACUAAAAAGGAUAUAAAAUCUGGACUACUUAUGUAUUUUGAAGCUACUGAAAUGAAUGAUUCAAGAAAGACCUUGUUACUUUUUCUAUUAUACCUCAUCCUACGUGAACCUAUCUAUUACGAAUUAAGAAUAAAAGAACAAUUGGGUUAUGUUAUAAGAAGUAGUGUAAAAACUUCGAGAACUAUUCUAGGAUAUUAUUUUGUACUUCAAAGUGAAAGACAGCCACAUGUGCUGCACACUCGAGUUGAAGCAUUCUUAGAUACAAUGCAUACUAGACUCCUUAAUAUGACAUCUGAACAGUUAAAUAUUCAUUUAGAAAAUCUUGAAUACUUUUUAAAUAGGAAUCCUUUAGACAUUCUAUCUGAAAGUUAUCGUAUCUGGAAUGAAAUAGCUCAAAGUACUUAUAAUUUUGAUUCAAAUGAGGAACGUAAGAGCGUUGAUCUUAUAAAACUCAAUGAUAUUGUACAACUAUUUGAAGAAGUCUUUUAUUCUAGAAAGCGAAGAAUUUCAUAUUAUGCAUUAUCCCCUACUGGUGCCGAUACUUAUAACGUUUUUGAUCUACCACUUGAUAAGCUUUCUGAAUAUUUGACUACUAAAGGAGAAAAUCUUUCAAAAGACCAGCUUUCUGAAUUUGUAUUACUUUCCCAUGAUAUCCCGAGUUUUCGAACUAAAUUGACUCAACAUUUUUCAGCUGCGAAUAAAAACAAAACUGUCGUAAAUUCCUUACUUGAUGGGACGUUUACUUAUCUCGAAGAGUUAUAUAAAUCGGAAAAAGAAAAAGUCUUUGAAACUUUGGAUUUAAUUGAAGAUUUAGCAUAUUUUAAAGCUAAUAUGUCCUUCUCUUCAGCUUUUAUUAAUAGGACAUUGUGGAGUAAAUUUUAUAAAUAAAAAUGACUUUUGGAUUAUCAUAAUGGAUAACAUGUUUUAUUAAUUU